AUGCUGGCGCUCCGGGCCGCCCGCGCGUGGGCCUCCGCCGCGGCCUCCGCCGCGCCCGCGCACGCGCCGGCGCGCCUGGCCGCCGCGCGCGCGCAGAGCGGCGUCGGCGGUGGCGCCCCUCCCGAGGAGGACCACGAGAGCGACAGGGACCACGAGAGCGACAGGAUGGAGGCUCUCGCGGGGCUCUACGCGGAUGCGAUGCGGCACCAGGAGCUGGGCAGGCUCCAGGCGGCCCGCGGCGCCAUCGUGGAGCAUAACCACGCGAAGUACAUCGAGCAGAACCACCACUACAACCGCUACAUCAAGGGCCUCAAGGGGCCCAACCAUUACGGCGUUCAGCUGCCAUACGAGGCGAGGAAGAAGUACAACAGAGGCGCGCGAGGCAGAUGGGGUACCUUGCGCCGCUCGGCCGGGCGCCUGGGCUGGAUCCAGACCACUCGCUGA